UUAUGUAGUAUAGAGAGAAAGCGAGGGAAGGCAAAGCAAGCACAACAGAACAAAGCCACUUUAUUUUUUUGAUCUAACCUAAACCAUCCUUUCCCCCUGUUGCACUCUCACUUUAUCAACGUGACACAAGCAACUUAUGACCAAUGUGUAAGAUGUUGUUCCUCUUUCCCUUCUCUUCUGUCCAUUUCAUCAAGUUUCCAUUCUAAUCUCCAAAUCUUUGCCACCCCAGUUCCUCUUUUGCUUCAAACUUCUCUUCCCCUCCCUAAAAAUUGCACCUUUACUCUCAUGGUGAUGGGACACACCACACCCCUCACACUCCUCUGUAUGAUUCUUCUUUUUGCAACCCCUUCUCUCUCAAUUGAUGUUCACCCACAAGACAGAAUCUCACUCUCACUGUUCAGGUCAUCUCUGCCAAACCCCAACCAGAGUUUGCCCAGCUGGGUAGGCUCCAACUGCACUUCAUGGAGUGGAAUCACCUGCGACAGCAGAACUGGGAGAGUGCUUUCCAUCAACCUAACUAGCAUGAACCUUUCAGGCAAAAUCCACCCCAGUUUGUGCCACCUUUCAUACCUCAACAAGUUGGGGUUGUCACACAACAACUUCACAGCCCCACUUCCUGAGUGUUUUGGAAACUUGCUUAACCUAAGAGCCAUUGAUCUCAGCCACAACAGGUUUCAUGGUGGAAUACCAGACUCUUUCAUGAGGCUCAGGCACCUCACUGAGCUUGUUUUCAGUGGGAACCCUGGUUUGGGGGGUCCACUUCCUGCUUGGAUUGGUAACUUCUCUGCAAAUCUGGAAAAGCUACAUCUUGGUUUCUGUUCAUUCAGUGGUGGCAUACCUGAGAGCUUGCUUUACAUGAAGUCCCUCAAGUAUUUGGACCUUGAGAACAAUCUCUUGUUUGGUAAUUUGGUUGAUUUUCAACAGCCUUUGGUUUUGCUCAAUCUUGCUUCCAAUCAGUUUGCUGGUACUUUGCCUUGCUUUGCAGCUUCAGUUCAGUCUCUAACUGUGUUGAAUUUGUCCAACAAUUCUAUUGCGGGGGGAUUGCCUGCUUGUAUUGCUUCUUUUCAAGCUUUGACUCAUUUGAACCUUUCAGGGAACCAUUUGAAGUAUAGAAUAUAUCCUAGGCUUGUGUUCUCAGAGAAACUUCUUGUUUUGGACUUGAGUAAUAAUGCUUUAUCUGGUCCUAUUCCCAGUAAAAUUGCUGAGACUACUGACAAACUUGGCCUUGUUCUUCUUGACCUUUCUCACAAUCAGUUCUCUGGUGAAAUACCUGUGAAAAUUACUGAGUUGAAAAGCUUGCAGGCCUUGUUUCUCUCUCACAAUCUUCUCUCAGGAGAAAUUCCUGCUAGAAUUGGAAAUUUGACUUAUCUGCAGGUCAUUGAUCUCUCACACAACUCUUUGUCUGGAACCAUUCCAUUCAGUAUUGUUGGGUGCUUUCAGCUGUAUGCUCUGAUACUUAACAACAACAAUCUUUCUGGUGUAAUUCAACCGGAGUUUGAUGCGUUGGAUAUCUUGAGGAUACUGGAUAUAAGCAACAACAGGUUUUCCGGGGCUAUCCCACUCACUUUGGCUGGAUGCAAAUCUUUGGAGAUUGUAGACUUUAGUUCCAAUGAGCUUUCUGGAUCGUUGAAUGAUGCAAUAACCAAAUGGACAAACCUCAGGUAUUUGUCUCUUGCUCAGAACAAGUUCAGUGAAAAUCUGCCUAGUUGGUUGUUCACAUUUAACGCAAUAGAAAUGAUGGAUUUCUCGCAUAACAAGUUUACUGGCUUCAUACCUGAUAUUAAUUUUAAGGGUAGCUUAAUAUUUAACACUAGGAAUGUCACUGUUAACGAGCCAUUGGUUGCAGCAAGAAAGGUUCAACUCAGAGUUUCGGCGGUUGUUUCUGAUAGCAAUCAACUCAGUUUCACUUAUGAUCUUUCCUCAAUGGUUGGAAUUGAUCUAUCCAGCAACUCGCUUCAUGGGGAAAUUCCAAGGGGCUUAUUUGGUCUAUCUGGCCUAGAAUAUCUGAAUUUGUCAUGCAACUUUCUUUACGGACAGCUUCCGGGGUUGCAGAAAAUGCAGAGUUUGAAAGCCUUGGAUUUGUCACAUAAUUCCUUGUCAGGACAUAUCCCAGGAAACAUCUCUAUCCUUCAAGAUCUGUCUAUUUUGAAUCUUUCCUACAACUGCUUUUCUGGAUGUGUUCCCCAGAAGCAAGGGUAUGGGAGAUUUCCUGGUGCAUUUGCUGGAAAUCCAGAUCUGUGCAUGGAAUCUUCCAGUGGAUUAUGUGAUGAUGGAAGGACUCAAUCUGCGCAAGGAAGUACUUUUAGGGAAGAUAGGAUGGAUGACCCAAUUUCUGUGGGGAUUUUCUUUAUCAGUGCAUUUGUUAGUUUUGAUUUUGGUGUUGUGGUUCUCUUCUGUUCCGCACGGGCAAGAAAUUACAUUCUCCAAACAAAAGUUUGAUUUGAUGCUUGUGACACAUACAAAUCUCCUGUAAAUUCCAUUUUGUAAUGUGGUACCUGUCUUCUCAGUUUCAAGUAAACAUACACUUACGUGACUGGGAAUACUAUCUGGCCAUCAGCUUCACAAGUGUUUUCUCGUGAUUACUGAACAAGUGUCUCGGAAUUGCAGGAUCAAAAUGCCAUGAUAUGAGUAACACAAGGUUUAAAGAACACUCAUAACGCUGGCUUUAACUAUCUGAGUGAAGACUAGUCCUGCAUCAUUCAGCCAAGAAAAAAAUGGAUGGUUAUGAUGAAAAUUUGAUCCAAGUAAAGACGAGUCCCUCAUCAUUCUGAUGGUUGUUCUCUUUUGCUGGAACUUGGUUGCAUCAAGUUUAUUAUGCAUCAUCACAUGCAUUAUUCAUAAUCAGGUGGGUGAAGGGUCAGCAAGGAACAUGCCUGAUUGAUAUCUGGUCUAGUUAUGGUGAAAUUUUGAUCUUGGGACAUCAAAUUGCAGAUUUGCAAGCAUGUUUACGUGAAGAGAACUUGUAUCAUUCUAGAUUAACCCAGCUCUUUCUUGAGGUGGGGAACCAAGUUUUCCCUGUAAGUGUUUUACCUUAAGAAUGUGAGUUGAUGAGUAGUGGGGAGUGGUAAGUGCAGACAAAAUGAAUGGAGUAGUUCUCAUAAAUCUAAGAUUUGUAUUUGUAUUACUGUCUUCAUGCCUUCAUCUUAGUGCUGUGAUUUUAAAUGAAAUUCUCACGAAAUCUUUUCAUUGAGAACAGAAAAGAGGUAAUUGAGCACCUUAGCUUUGUUAUCAAAUGCCAAGCAUGCUCAACAAAAAUUAGAAAAAUUAUCUAGUUUA